AUGGAGGGUCUUGAUUGGAGCAAAAUUCAGCAGCAUGAGAUUGAAGAGAGCUUGAUGAUGCCCAUGAUGAUCCCAUCAAACAACAUUGUCUAUGACAAUAUAAGCAAAAUUGAAAUGGUCCCAAUUAGAGAUCAUUUCUUGAUUAAUAAUCAUCCAUCACAAUAUUUCCACAAUAUUGAUUUUCCUCAAUUGAGUAGUACAAGAUCAUAUGCAGAUUGUACCAAUUCUUAUUGGGCAUUGUCAUCAUCAUCACCCAUCAAUGAAGCCACAUUAUUAAAUCAUUCAUUGUUCCAACUAAGCACCCCACAAGAUGGCCAAAUUCUUGAUUUUGGGCUCAAAAGCCCAACUACUAGUCAUCCCAUCGGCCCGACUCUCGAUCUCGGGACGAGCCGAUCCAUCCCGACAAAAACGAGCAUCUCUCUCGAGGAAUCAUCCAUCGAUUGCUUUCUAUCGGGAUCCAAUCAGACGGCCGACACGACUGCAGCCUCGACCGAGGACAACGACAUCUCCUUAAUUUUCGCAAACCACAUUAAACCCUCACCGAACAACAAAGAUUUCGCGGCGGGCCCGACCGGAAACCCCACCGCCGCCGAAGCCCAAAGUAAGAGAAAGAUACCUGAAAGUCAAUCGAAUCUUGACUUUCUUCAGCCAGUCAAAUCAGCUAAUAACAAAGGCCAACAACAACAACCCAACCGGCCCAAAACCAAACGGGCCCGGCUCGAAAGCGACCCGGCGCCGUCGUCCAACAUCAACUUCCGACAGGCCGAUGAGCCCGACCCGGAAGCAAUGGCCCAGAUGAAGGAGGUCAUUUAUCGGGCCGCGGCCUUCCGGCCCGUGAGCUUCGGGCCCGAGACGGCGGAUAGGCCCAGGAGGAGGAAUGUGCGGAUAUCGAGUGACCCGCAAACGGUGGCGGCCCGGCAGAGGAGAGAGAGGAUAAGCGACAGGAUUAGGGUUUUGCAGCGGCUGGUGCCCGGAGGCAGCAAAAUGGACACGGCCUCGAUGCUCGACGAGGCCGCCAGCUAUCUCCGGUUCUUGAGGUCGCAAGUCGAGGCGCUCGAGGCUUUCGGUCGGAAGUUCGACCGGCCGGCCGAUUUUCCGGUCGACAGCCCGAAUCUUGCGUUUUUUAACUACUGGCCGCCGCCGCAGUUUUCGGUGCAGGGACCGAUUUAA